AUGGCAACUAACUCUUCAGCUUGCAGUUCUUAUGAGGUGAUCUUAGGUCUGGCAUUGGUACUGGGAGCCGUUGUUCACCUAGCUGAGGCUAGGGCUUUCUUUGUCUUCGGUGAUUCGCUAGUCGAUAGUGGCAACAACAACUACCUGGCAACAACUGCACGAGCCGAUGCACCCCCUUACGGAAUCGAUCAUCCAACACAUCAACCAACAGGCCGAUUCUCUAAUGGCCUCAACAUUCCUGACCUUAUCAGUGAGCAAAUAGGCUCAGAAUCCCCAUUGCCUUACCUGAGUCCAGAGCUAAGUGGACAAAAACUACUUGUUGGUGCCAACUUUGCUUCGGCUGGAAUCGGAAUCCUUAAUGACACUGGAAUUCAGUUUAUAAAUAUAAUAAGGAUGCAUAGACAAUUGGAGUAUUUCCGACAAUACCAGCAAAGAGUCGGUGCACUUAUCGGAGCCGAGCAGGCCAAGCGACUCGUCAAUCAAGCACUUGUCCUGCUCACCGUUGGAGGGAAUGAUUUUGUCAACAACUAUUAUCUGAUUCCUUACUCAGCAAGAUCUCGCCAAUAUGAUUUACCAGAUUAUGUACAGUAUCUCAUUUCAGAGUACAAGAAACUAUUGAUGAAUCUGUAUAAUCUUGGAGUUCGCCGAGUUAUUGUGACUGGUACUGGACCGCUGGGUUGUGUUCCGGCUGAGUUGGCUAUGAGGAGCACAAAUGGUGGUUGCUCCGCAGAACUACAGCGAGCGGCUGCUUUGUAUAAUCCACAACUUGAGAGCAUGAUAAAUGACGUCAACAGAAAAAUCGGCAGUGAUGUGUUUAUUGCUGCAAAUACUCACCAAAUGCACACUGAUUUUGUCAGUAAUCCUCAAGCAUUUGGAUUUACUACAUCAAAGAUAGCAUGUUGUGGACAAGGACCAUACAAUGGCCUAGGGCUGUGCACAGCGUUGUCAAACUUGUGCCCUAACCGCGACCUCUAUGCAUUUUGGGAUCCAUUCCAUCCAUCAGAAAAGGCAAACAGGGUUAUAAGGCUGUAUGACCUUGGAGCACGCCGAGUUCUUGUGACAGGCACUGAACCACUGGGUUGCAUUCCAGCAGAAUUAGCCAUGAGGAACACAAAUGGUGGUUGGUCAGUGAACUACAACGACCUGCAUCCCAGUACAAUCCACAUCUUGAGAGAAUGGUAA